AUGUCUUCUGAAGAAGCAAAUAAUGAGCCUAAGAAGGUUCCAAGAAGAAGAUUUGUCGGAUCGAGAAAUGGUGAUGGGAAAGGCAUCAAAACUGUAUCCUCUGAAGACGGUAAGGAACUGGUCAGGAAGGCCAGAAGUACUAUUAAUGGUUCCAGAAGUAUGAUCACACAUAUUCCAGAAGAAAUCUUAAAUGAUGAAGAACUAAAUGAAGCUAUCAAAUUAUUACCUUCUAAUUAUAAUUUUGAAAUACAUAAGACUAUAUGGAAUUUAAAGAAAAAUAAUUCAAAGCGUGUUGCUUUACAGAUGCCUGAAGGGUUAUUGAUUUAUUCUUUACUAAUUAGUGAUAUUUUGGAACAAUUCUGCGGCGUAGAGACUGUUGUAAUGGGUGAUGUGUCGUAUGGUGCUUGUUGUAUCGAUGACUACACUGCUAGAGCCCUUGAAUGUGACUUCAUUGUUCAUUAUGCCCAUUCAUGUUUGGUUCCUAUUGAUAUUACUACUAUCAAAGUAUUAUAUGUUUUCGUCACUAUUAACAUUGAUGAGGCACAUAUUAUUAAGACUUUACAGAAGAACUUUCCAAAAGGUAGUAAGCUGGCUACCGUCAGUACCAUUCAAUUUAAUCCAACAGUACAUAGUAUAAAGGAUAAAUUGUUACAUGAUCCACCCAAUGAUCACUUACUUUAUGUUAUUCCGCCUCAAAUAAAGCCACUAUCAAGAGGUGAAGUAUUAGGAUGUACCUCAGAAAGACUUGAUAAGAAUCAAAUAGACGCAAUUAUCUUUAUUGGUGAUGGUAGAUUCCAUUUAGAAUCUGCUAUGAUUCAUAAUCCAGAAAUUCCUGCAUUUAAAUAUGAUCCAUACAAUAGAAAAUUCACCAGAGAAGGUUAUGAUCAAAAACAAUUAGUUCAGAUAAGAACAGAAGCUAUUGAAACAGCUAGACGUGGUAAAGUGAUCGGUUUAAUCUUGGGUGCUUUAGGAAGACAAGGUAAUGUCGGAACUGUGGAUAGACUUGAGAAAACAUUAGUUGACCAAGGUUACUCCGUAGUUAAAAUUAUCCUAAGUGAGAUUUUCCCACAGAAAUUGGCAAUGUUCGAUAAAAUCGAUGCCUUUAUCCAAGUUGCGUGUCCUAGGUUGUCUAUCGAUUGGGGUUACGCUUUUAAUAAGCCACUUUUGACCCCUUAUGAAGCCAGUGUCUUAAUGGGUAAAGAUGUAAUGUUCGAUGAAUCAUAUUACCCAAUGGAUUAUUAUGAGACUAACGGUUAUGGGAGAGGUCAAAUUCCUGCUCAUUCUUCUUACGUCAGUUGA